CGCCGAUGACGUGAAACGCUGGGCCUGCCCGUCGCUGAGGCGCCGCUAUUUGAGGUCGUGAUCAAGGAGACGGGAAGGACUUUGGAUUUGAUUGCUACAGAAUGGGUCAAUUUGGAAAUUUGACCAGAGUGCGACACGUCAUUACCUAUGCCAUCUCUCCCUUUGAACAGAGGGCAUUUGCAAAUUACUUAACCAAAGGCAUCCCGAAUACAUGGAGGCGAUUCAGAGGCCAGGUUUUCCGUGUUGUUCCUCCAUUUGUGGUAGCAUACCUCAUUUAUACUUGGGGCAACCGUGAACACGAAUUGUCAAUGAGAAAGAACCCGGCUGACUUUGCCAAUGACAGUUAAAUAGAGAUUUCGAGAGAAUCUUUCCUGCAAAGAACAUUUCUAACCAGCAAAUUCACCUGCUCACUUGUGGAGAAAAGUGUCCUGUCUAUUGAAAAUAAAGUAUUUAUCAUGUA